GCCCGGCAUCCCCACCAGCCCCAGCUCCAGUGCUCGCAGCCUUGGCUGCUGCUUGCCCUGCUGCAGGAGGCAAGGCAUGCUGAAAUAAAGAGAAACUUGUUCUGUGGCAGGAAAGGUCAUUUCUUCUGGCCAGGCAUUCCCAUCCUGGGAAGGAGACGGGAAGCGUAUUACACUAAAGGUGGCACUGCUCUCCUGGCAGCCCAUGUCGCCGCCGUGUCCCCGCGGGGCCCUGCCCGGAGCUCCCCUCCUCCUCCUCCUCUUCCUCCUGCUGCCGCUGCUCUGCGCGGCCCCCGAUGUUGCAAGGGGAAAUAAGCUUAAACUGAUGCUUCAGAAACGAGAAGAGCCUGAGGUGUCAGUGAAAGAAAGAGCAGCCAAGGAGUUCCUGAGCAGCCUGAGACGGCAGCGGCGCCAGCUGUGGGACAGGAGCCAGCCCGACGUGCAGCAGUGGUACCAGCAGUUCCUGUACCUGGGCUUCGACGAGCAGAAAUUUGAAGAUGACAUCUCCUACUGGACAAACCUGGGGCGUGCUCGUAACGAGUACUACGGCGGCUACUACCAGCACCACUAUGAUGAAGAUUCUCCCAUCGGCCCACGGAACCCGCACAGCUUCAGGCACGGAGCAGGCGUCAACUACGACGAUUACUGAUUUACUGAUGCCUUUAUCCUACUCUAGCUGCUGCCCUGGGGCUGCACUGGGCGAGGCUGAGCCUCCCUCAGUCAGAAUGACCCCACUUUCUCUUCUACUCAUGUCAAACAGUAAGAGUAAAGGAACUGCCAGACUUUGAUGAAAGCAACUUUUUAAAGCUAUCAUUACUUAGUAGUGCACUACAUAUAUAAAGUGUUAUAGAAAUAAAGCUUUUUUGAUAAUCAGGUCGCCA